AUGGUAUCUUUCAGCUGUGAGGCGUGCAAUGAGACCGUGAUCAAGAAGAAGUGCCAGCAGCAUGCCCAGCGGUGCUACGGGGCGGUGUUCACCUGCAUCGACUGCUACCAGCUGUUCCCGGGGCAGCUGUUCAAGGACCACACCUCGUGUAUCACCGAAGCCCAAAAGGUCGAAGGAAAGCUCUACAAGCCCAAGAACAAGAAGCAACAGCAACAGCCGAAGAAGGAACAGCCUAAGGAAAAGCCUAAGGAAGAACUGAAGAAGGAAUCGAAGAAGGACGCCUCCAAGGAAGAGCUGAAGAAGUCGAAGAAGGAAUCGAAGUCCAAGAAGAGCAAGGCCGACGACAAGUUGCUGAGCUACGUGUCGCUGGGGGACAACUUAUACAAGGUGAUGAAGAAGAUGGCCAAGGCCGACUCGAAGGACAUCAAGGAGGUGCUCAAGAAGUUGACGGUGACGGUGGGCGACGAUGGCAAGUUGGUGGUGAGUGCAUAA